UAUCCUUGUUUCCAAACAACGUUCAUUUAAUCUACUAUCUAAGUUUCCAAACAGUACCAAAAGGUACUUCAGUUUUAAUAAUAUAGAUAUAUAUAUAGGAUUUAGUAUACAUUGUAUACAGUAUACAACUAUACAUGUCUAAAUCGGUUGUGUGCCCCCAUUGUUAAAUAGAUUAACCGUUUUUCGCCAGAAUCAUCCUCAACUUUUCGUCGAAACUUUAAAUAAACCAUUUUUUAUGAACUUAUGAGCUAAGCUAGUACAAACUACCAUAAAAGAUAUGAAUCCAUUAAAAAAGAUUCUAUUACUAUUAUGAUUCUUCUUGGAUUUUUCCUGUACGAAUCAAGAUAAUGGUAAACAAAUGUUAAAACAAGCGUGGAGCAUCGAUCAAGGAACGCUUAUAGACCGUCCGAUGUAAUCCUUUUGAAAAUUUCAAACUAACCAAAAUAAAAAUAGCAAUAAAAGACGGCAAGUGCAAGAAAACGAUCUUUCCUUUGUUUUUGGGUUUACCCCUCUUUACCAGUAGUAUAAAACUAUAUGCUACACUCUCCUGACUCCAAAUCAAAAUAAUAGAAACUCAAAAACAUAGAGAGGGAGAGAGAUAAUCAAACAGAAACUCUCUUCUUCGAGAUGGACGUUUUUGAUGGACUUCCAGAUGCGAUCGUCGUCGAUAUCUUGAACAAAGUCGGUGACGUCAAAACCUUACAUCGUUGCAGUUCUGUCUCCAAGAGAUUCAACUCGCUUAUACCUCAGUCCGAGUCACUCUUCGUCCGACUCGACCAGGACGUUACCACCGAGUCACGACCCGAUUCUCCCGUCAGCAACAUUUUCCAAUCAUUAGUCAAGUCCUUCCAAGGUUUCCUCUCUUUAUUUUCUAAACCGGCUAAACCGAUCCGGUUCACGAAUCUUUCACCGAAUAUUCCUUGCAAGAUUCUAUCUCGGUUUGACCGGAUCAAGAAUCUUGAGGUCGAGCUUCCUGGCGGCGAUGUAAGCCUUGAGAAAGGCGCCGCCGUUAAGUGGAAAGCAGAGUUUGGUAAAACUCUUAAAACCUGCGUCGUCGUCGCGUUUUGCUCCGCCUCCACCGUGUCCUCUUCUUCUCCGGACGGCGAGUCAGACGCCAUUGGACUGAAAACGCGCGUGGUGUGGACGAUAAACGCCUUGAUGGCCGCGUCGAGUCGUCAUUUUUUGAUGAGCGAAGUCUUGAAGGAGCAUAAAGAGAUGGAGAGUUUGGUGAUGCAUGACGUAGGAGGAGAAGGGACGGUGGUGAUGAGAGCGGAUGGGCUGAGAGAGUUUCAAAAGACGGAGGAGGCGCGUGGGGGAGAAGCGGACGAACGCCUGAUGAAAAACCGGAGGAGUGUAGUCCCGAACGUGAGGAUGAGCAUGAGGCACGCGCCUUCGCUUAAGCUCAAGAGCGGGAUCUAUUUAGAAUCUGCGACGCUCGUGAUCGUAAGGCCGAGCGAUAAAUAUUCCGACUUCGGAGAUGAUGAGUUGGCGACGGAGGCUUUCGCCGGGAACUGUAUGUACGGUGAAGCUGUGGUCGCUUUGUUAAAACGUGAGAAGAUUAAUUUAGAAAUUAAUUCAUUUUAAGCUUUUAUUGGGCCUUGUAAUGGGCUUUUAUGGCUUUCUUGUAGGAAAUGUCAUUUUCUUGCACGUGUGUCGUGUGUCGUGUGCCGUGUGGCCCGUGUGCGCAUUUACAUAUAUUAUACUAUACAAAAGCUGGCUUCAACACUUGACUUGCG